AUGUUAGGAAGACAGUUUUGCGCUAGUUUCGGGCUGAGAAGAUUCAAUGGAACGAUCCUCAGGCAAGCAUCUUCGUUUCGGCAUCUUCCCCUCAAAGAAGUGGUCGCUAGAGUGUCUGGAACCACAUCGAGUACAAACACCUCUAAAAGUCCAACAAAUACACCCCCACCCCCUCCAGUUCAACCUACUUCCGAACAAAUUGAAGUUUUGGUAGAUGGUAAACCAGUCACAUGUGAACCUGGUAUGACUAUUUUACAGGCAUGUGCUCUAGCUGGUGUACAGAUACCUCGAUUUUGCUAUCAUGAGCGAUUAUCAAUUGCUGGCAAUUGUCGUAUGUGUUUAGUUGAAGUGGAAAAAUCGUUGAAACCUGUUGCUAGUUGUGCAAUGCCUGUAGUCCGUGGUAUGAGCAUUAAAACUGAUUCAGAAGUUACUCGUAAAGCACGUGAAGGUGUUAUGGAAUUUUUAUUAGUCAAUCAUCCUUUGGAUUGUCCUAUUUGUGAUCAAGGUGGAGAAUGUGAUCUGCAGGAUCAAUCAAUGAAUUUUGGAUCGGAUCGUUCGCGUUUUGUUGAUAUUCGUUUCACUGGCAAACGUGCUGUUGAAGAUAAAAAUCUUGGUCCAUUAAUUAAAACCAUUAUGACUCGUUGUAUACACUGUACAAGAUGUGUAAGAUUCGCCAAUGAGAUAGCUGGUAUACCUGAUCUUGGGACUACUGGUCGUGGAAGUUCUCUCCAGAUUGGUACCUAUAUCGAUAAACCAUUCUUCAGUGAAUUGUCUGGUAAUGUUAUUGAUCUAUGUCCCGUCGGUGCUCUUACUUCUAAACCGUAUGCAUUUACUGCACGACCUUGGGAGACAAGACGUAUUGAAUCGAUCGAUGUAAUGGAUGCAUUGGGUGCAAAUAUUGUAGUCUCUAUGCGUACAAAUCAAGUUUUAAGAAUAAUACCAAGGUUGAAUGAAGAUGUGAACGAAGAAUGGUUAGCUGAUAAGUCUAGAUUCUCGUAUGAUGGUUUAAGCAGACAACGAUUGGUUGUUCCAUUCCUGAAAAAAUCUGACAAGUUAGGCGAAAGUACAUGGGGAGAUGUAUUGGUUAAAAUAGCGGAAAAUUUGCUUCCUAUACUUGGACCAUCAGAAGAAAUUAUACCUCGAGCAAAUCAGGUGGCUGGACUUGUCGGUCCAUUUGCUGAUGCUGAAUCAAUGAUGGCAUUGAAAGAUUUAAUUAAUCGAUUUAAUUCUGAAUUAGUUUGUACUGAAGAAAGUUUUCCAACCAAUAGUACGGAUCUACGUAGCAAUUAUUUAUUCAACAGUCGUAUUACUGGUAUAGAAGAUGCUGAUCUAAUAUUACUAAUUGGUACUAAUCCACGUUUCGAGGCACCUUUGUUAAAUGCACGUCUACGCAAAUGUUGGAUACAUAACGAUUUGGAAAUUUGCCUAUUAGGUCCCAAAGUUGACUUAACUUAUGAUUAUGAACAUCUUGGUGAUCAACUUGAAACUUUACAGUCUUUAGCUGCUGGUAAACAUCCAUUGAAUAAACGUUUAAAUUCUUCGUCUCACCCAAUAAUAAUUUUGGGUAGUGAAUGUUUACAACGUAAGGAUGCAGCAGCAAUUCAUAAUGCUGUACGUCGAAUUUCCUCCAAUUUGAAAGAAACAAAAAAAUUGGACCAUCAAGUGUUCAAUGUUCUUCAUCGCAAUGCAAGUCAAGUUGCCGCCCUAGACUUAGGUUACACAUCAGACAUAGAAAUAAUCAAACAGAACAAACCAAAAAUUCUUUUCCUUCUGGGUGCUGACCGUAAUCUCAUUACACGUCAACACUUAGCUUCCGAUAGUUUUAUAGUUUACAUUGGUCAUCAUGGUGAUGCAGGUGCAUUAUUAGCUGAUGUCGUUUUACCUGGAGCUGCUUAUACUGAAAAAGAUGCUAUUUAUGCUAAUACCGAGGGACGUGCUCAACAAACUCGAUUAGCCGUAGUUCCACCUGGACUGGGUCGAGAGGAUUGGAAAAUAUUUCGUGCUAUCUCUGAGGUAGUCGGUGUCACCUUACCCUAUGAUGAUUUAAAUCAAAUUCGUUCGCGAAUUAGUCAAGUUGCUCCUGGUUUAUUAGAUUUUAAUACAGUUCAACCAUCACUCAAAGAAGUUCAAACACUGGCUGAUAAUUUAUCCAAGAGUCCAUUAAAUUCAAUUCAAACAAUGAAUACAAAUGAAUCAAUUAAACUUAGUUUAUUAACAUUAAAAGAUUAUUAUAUUACAGAUUGUAUUAGUCGAGCUUCUCAAACUAUGGCAAAAUGUGUGAAAGCUGAACACUUCCAUUUUAAUUGCUCAGAGUUAUUACCGAAUGUAGGAUGA